CGGGCCGAGGGCGCAGCGGGGCUGCGCGCACGCUGGGGCUCGUGGAGGGGCACUCCGGGCGACAUGAGUCUGGUGGGGGGCUUCCCCCACCACCCGGUGGUGCACCACGAGGGCUAUCCGUUCGCUGCCGCCGCCGCGGCUGCUGCUGCCGCCGCCGCCAGCCGUUGCAGCCACGAGGAGAACCCUUACUUCCAUGGCUGGCUCAUCGGCCACCCCGAGAUGUCGCCCCCUGACUACAGCAUGGCCUUGUCCUACAGCCCUGAGUAUGCCAGCGGCACCGCCAACCGCAAGGAGAGACGCAGGACUCAGAGUAUCAACAGUGCCUUCGCGGAGCUGCGCGAGUGCAUCCCCAAUGUCCCCGCCGACACCAAGCUCUCCAAGAUCAAGACGCUGCGCCUGGCCACCAGCUACAUCGCCUACCUCAUGGACCUACUGGCCAAGGACGACCAGAACGGCGAGGCGGAGGCCUUCAAGGCGGAGAUUAAGAAGACAGAUGUGAAGGAAGAGAAGAGGAAGAAGGAGCUGAAUGAAAUCUUGAAAAGCACAGUGAGCAGCAACGACAAGAAAACCAAAGGCCGGACGGGCUGGCCACAGCAUGUCUGGGCCCUGGAGCUCAAGCAGUGAGGAGAAGGAGGAGGAGGAGGAAGAGGAAGAGAACGGGAGCUGGCCAGGGCCCAGACGCCGUGCAGACCCAGGACUCAGAGCAACCCCUC